CCAUUAGAUACUCAAGAUGAAGUUGAAGUUGCACUUCUUCUUUCUUAUAUCCUUGUUAUUUUUUAUCUCUCAUGCAUUACCAAUUAUCAAUGCUACUGAUCCUUCUGAGGUUCAAACAUACAUUAUCCAUGUAUUACCACAAGAGAAGACAGUGUCAUCAACUUCAUUGGAUCUGCAGAGUUACUACAAGUCCUUCCUUCCAAUAACUUCUACAAGUAGCUCAGGAGACAAUAAGAAGAUGGUUUACAUGUACGAGAAAGUCAUCAGUGGUUUCUCUGCAAGACUUACACUUCAAGAGCUCAAUGAAGUAACUACGAAGGAUGGCUUCAUUGCUGCUUAUCCUAAUCGGUUGCACACUCUCCUAACAACUCACACACCAGAGUUCUUAGGCUUGAACCUGCAAAAUGGGUUGUGGAAUUUGAGUGGACAUGGAGAAGGGAUCAUCAUUGGACUUAUAGACACCGGUGUGUUUCCUAAUCAUCCUUCAUUUAGCGAUGAAGGCAUGCCGAAACCGCCUUCAAAAUGGAAGGGGAGGUGUGAUUUCAAUGCAAGUAUAUGCAACAACAAGAUCAUUGGCGCAAAAACGUUCCUUGAUGGAACGACGGGGAUGGCACCGAUCGAUGAGGAAGGUCAUGGGACUCAUACGGCUAGCACUGCUGCCGGCAGCUUUGUUGCCGGAGCUGAAGUCUUGGGAAAUGCUAAGGGAAUUUCCGUCGGGAUGGCACCGAAAGCUCAUCUAGCAAUAUACAAAGUGUGCGGGUUGGAAGAAUGUGCAGACGCUGAUGUAUUGGCAGCUAUGGAUGCAGCUAUCUCUGAUGGCGUGGAUGUGCUUUCGAUCUCACUUGCCUCAUACACACAAAUAUUUUUUGAGAGCAGUAUUGUCAUCGGAGCAUUCAGUGCAAUAGAGCAAGGGGUAUUCGUCAGCUGCUCUGCGGGGAACGCUGGACCGACUGCAAGUGUGAUCGCUAACGACGCACCAUGGAUUCUCACAGUAGCGGCAAGCACAAUGGACAGGAAAAUUUUAGUAAGAGUGAAGCUUGGCAAUGGAACAGUGAUUGAUGGGGAAUCAGUGAACCAAGAUGAUCACAUUUUGCCUGCAGGUUUCUUGCCUUUAGUGUACGCUGGAGCUAGUGGCAAAGUUAACGCUAGUUUUUGCGGUAAUGGUUCAUUGGAUGGUCUUGAUGUGAAGGGGAAAAUAGUUUUAUGUGAUAGAGGUGGCGACAUUGCUAGAAUUGGCAAAGGAGAGACAGUGCGGAUUGCAGGUGGGAUGGGAAUGAUACUCACAAACAAAGUUGCCGAUGCGUACUCGAUCUUAGCCGAUGUACAUGUGCUCCCGGCAUCUCAUGUUAGCUACUCAGAUGGAUUGAAGAUAAAAGAAUACAUUAAUACUUCAAGCAAUCCAACGGCAAGAAUAUCCUUCCUAGGGACGAAGUUGGGAACAUCACCAGCUCCGGCAAUUACUUCGUUCUCGUCUCGUGGUCCGAGUCUUGCAAGCCCGGGGAUUUUGAAGCCGGAUAUUACCGGUCCUGGUGUGAAUGUUCUUGCUGCUUGGCCUUUUCCUGUUUUGCCCGGUAAUGUUAGUAUUUCAUCUGAAGUUUCUUUCAAUAUAAUCUCCGGCACUUCCAUGUCUGCACCUCAUCUAAGCGGAAUUGCUGCACUUAUCAAGUCUAUCCAUCCGGAUUGGUCGCCGGCGGCUAUCAAGUCAGCAAUCAUGACAACAGCUGAUACUAUGGAUCGGUGCGGGAAGCCAAUCUUGGAUGAACGGCUUCUUCCUGCUAAUUUUUUCGCAGUUGGCUCUGGUCAUGUGAAUCCAAAGAAAGCAAUCAAUCCCGGUUUGGUUUAUGAUAUCUGUCCUGAUGAUUACAUUCCUUAUCUUUGUGGUUUGGGAUUCACAAAUGAACAAGUUGGAGUCAUUACUCGCCGACGCAUAGAUUGUGGUUCAGUGAAAGCAAUUGCUGAAGGAGAACUUAACUAUCCUUCAAUCUCUGUUUCAUUCAAGGAUGGAAAAACUUCCCAAACUUUCGAAAGGAUUGUGAAGAACGUCGGAGAAGUUAACUCUAGUUACAUUGUAGAAAUUGAUGCCCCAUCAGAAGUAUUUAUAGAUGUCAAGCCGAAAGAACUAUAUUUCAGUGAAACUAUCCAAGAGAUAAAGUUCAAGAUUACAUUCAGCAUUUACAAUGUUGGCAACUCCACUUACUCUCAAGGUCAAUUGAAGUGGAUUUCAGACAAACGGACAGUGAGGAGUCCAAUAUCUAUUAUGUUCAAAUAAUCUGCAACAUUAAUGUUUUCAGAUUUUACUUUUGACUUCAUGAUUUACCUGUAAUGCUUUGAAGAAGGAAGUCCACCA